UUUUCUUCCGUGUUUUCCUCCAGUUGUACUUCCGGGUUCUAAUGUUUACAAUUGGUAGCAUCGUUGAAACCACAGAGCUGCUUUCCUGGUUGACGAAAACUACCUUUUAUGCAAAAACAACAUGUGCUUCAAGUGCUAGGAUAAAUAUACAGAGACGUUGCACAGGCAGCAGGCCUCCAUCAUCGGGAUCAACUGCUGGCAGUCCCAGUCUAUCACAACUAUGAAGAAGAAAAGCAGACAUCCCAGGUCAUCUGAGACGUCACAGCAGAGCAGCAGGACACAGAUGACCGUGAGCGUCAGUGAGGAAAAGAGGACGCCAGGAAACAGAGGGAGACCACGGAAGACUGUUCCUGUAACCACAAACAGUUUUUACCACAAGGACACAGCGACAGACAAGACCACUAACUUAGAUUUCAGUGUGACAGCUGCUGACGACACAGUGAAACAUCCAGAGAGCAAGUCAAAACCUUCAGGCAGACUAUCCACUGCUAUCUGCCGGCUCUGUCAUGGAAAGUUUUCCCCACGCAGUUUGCGGCACGCCUUCAACAGAUGGUCUCAAGACCCCAUCGAUAUUGUUGACGAUGAGUCAGACGCCACGGCCCAGUCGCCCCUGUUAUUCCACACAGAUUUCCAGAGACUGGUCGGGGUCCAGUUGAACCGUGACCCCCGGUUAUCCGAGUUUAUCUGCAAGAAAUGCCACGCCAAGUUCUACAAGUGCCACAGCAUCCUGAUCAGGUUUCUGCAAAGAGUCAACCUCCCACCAGUUGGGAAAGAGAACAUGAAAAGCCGGAAGAAUGCAAAGUGUCUAGACUCAUCAGUUAAUCACGGCUCAAUAUCACCACCGUCUUUUACCUCAGACCCAAAGUGCCUCCACAGUCUGGUGUCCUGGGCUCACCACCACGGAGAGGCCUGCCGCUCCUGCCCCGACCUGAAGGAGGUGCUGAAGGGUCAGUGCUGGGGCUCUGUGAAGGCUGUGUGGGGUUGUGUUGAUGGUCACAGAUACAUCAUGGACACUCAGUGUACCAACGCUGUUGAUCCCGGGUACACGAUGGACUUUGGCGGUGGAGCGUUAGGGAGUGGCAACGGUGAUGGAGUGAUGUCAGAGGAGGAGGACCUGGAGCAGGAGGAGGAGGAGGAGGAUGAAGUAGAAGAGCCCAGUGGGAAUAGAAGGAUGCCGGCGGGGAGUGUAAACGCUCUGGCUCAACACAGUCCACCAGCCGUCACGGCACAGACUCAGAGCUCAGCACUGGCUGACUGGACCAGCAACACUGAAGAUUUCACAGGUCAUGAGGAGGCGUUGUCUCCGGCUCCGGCCCAGGUGGAGGACAGGACGGGUGAUAGUGAUCUGUCCGACAGGGUCAUUUCCGAGGAUGAGUUUGAGGAGAGUAGAAAAGGAGGGUUGUCAGAUGAUGAGUUGUUUGAGCCGUACUCAGACAAGAGAGCUCGCAGGGUGACCAUCCCCAGCAAGAGAAGACGGAGCCCAAAGGCCCCAGAGGAGCCCAAAAUCAAAAAGAAACCUGGACCCAAACCGGGCUGGAAGAACAAGUUCAAACCUAAAGGAGAGGAGCUGCCCAACAUCUACAAGUGUCCAUAUCAGGGUUGUACAGCUGUCUACAGAGCUCCUGAUGGUCUGAAGAAACACAUCAAGGAGCAUCAUGAGGAGGUGAGAGAGCGACCCUGCCCACACCCCGGCUGCAACAAGGUCUUCAUGAUCGACCGCUACCUGCAGCGACACGUCAAACUCAUCCACACAGAGGAGAGGAACUACAUCUGUGACCAGUGUGGUCAGACCUUCAAACAGAGGAAACACCUGUCAGUUCACCAGAUGAGGCAUUCAGGAGCCAAGCCGCUGCAGUGUGAGGUGUGUGGUUUCCAGUGCCGCCAGCGAGCGUCACUAAAAUACCACAUGACCAAACACAAGGCCGAGGCUGACCUGGAGUUCGCCUGCCUGAUGUGCGGUAAACGUUUUGAGAAGGCCCACAACCUGAACGUCCACAUGUCCAUGGUCCACCCUCUGACUCAGGCUGAGGCUCAGAGAGGCAGCAGCCAGCAGCAGCAGCAGCAGCAGCAGCAGCCAACAUACUCUGACCUGCACACCAUCACUCUGACCGGAGAGGUGGUUCAGCAAGACCAGGACAGAUGACGAGUCCAGGUCCAGGUGUGCUGCAGGGGUACAAAAGCUGUGGGUCAGGGACCAGCUCUGUACCUGGACUGAGACGGGACCUGUUGUGUGGCUUCACUGACCAACACAAGACAGAUGUGUUUGAUUUUUUACACCAACCAAGUUUUUGUGUCAUAGGAACAAAACAUGAAGUUUCUUUUCAGUGGACAGAGACCAACACACCCAGCUCUCAGCUCUUUAUAAAUUCCUAAAUUGAUUCUCAUUCCAAAAUGAAUCUGUGUCAUUGUCAGAAUGCAAGUUUAGGUUUUAGCUUGUUUUAGAAGAAGCAGCAGCUUUUCCUUCAUGUGCUGCAGUUUAACCUGAGUGAACAGGUGGGACACGUUGUUACCACACAGACUGCUGAGGGUCGUCUUCAGAAAAACAACCAAAGGCACACUGCACUGACUUUGUGACAGUAAGAUACUUUUACCCCAUGCUGUUUUUAAAGUCAAUCUGCUGUCCAGAAAAUGAACUAAAUUACCUGUGUCAUAGGUCAUCAUCAACCACUGCAGUAGAUGUUUCAUGUGACUGCUUCACAGUAAAACCCAAACUGUGUUUCCACUGUUGAAUGCUUUUAAUGUGAAGCACGGCUAACAGAAGUGUUGGGUUUGUAUUAGCAGUAACUUAACACAGCUCUGACAGUUUGAAGGCUGAGAGCUGAACAUCAACUGAAUCAAAUUACAAGCAGUAACUCUGUCAGUCCCAUGUUCAUAGGUAGGUAGACUAUGUUACCAACAAUUACAGAGGGGGUUUGAUUUCAUGAAAAUCUCGAGGCUUAUAAUUUGAAAAGAAACAACCACUUCAGGUGCCUCUGUUACACAUCUGAUCUGAUGGAAACAUUAUCUUUAACUGUCUAUGGACUAUUUGGAGUUUUACAGAUGUUUUUAAUCCAUAGCUAAAGUACACAUUAGCAGCCACUUAUUAACAACUUGUAAUGUUCUUGUUUUCCAGAUCCAUGUGCUGUGUAAGCUCGUCACAGUGCAAACAGCUGUGCAAAAUGAUUCCCAAGAACAUGUAGUUCUGUUUUCUUAGGUCAUUGUUGUUAAGUUAUUACAGUGCUAAGGAGUGUAUCUCUGUAUUGUAAAGAACAAAAGGGCUUCAGAUGUACAUGUGUAAAGUUGUGUGUGCAGUAUGUACAAAAAAAUAAAUUGUAGACCUUUUUACAAAA